UUCUGCAAACUGAACAGCACCCAUCGUUGGCGGGGAGACGCCGCACUUCGCGGGGGGAAAUAUCACGUCCAGCCGCUUGCCGGGGGCGCAUAAAAAGCUGAAGAAAUCACAACAUAUUGGAGCAAGGAAUCGGAGGCUGUCUGUAUGUCCACGAAGGCGAGAAAGUAUCAGAAACGCGUGUCAUUCUCCGAGGAGGAAAAUGAGUGUAAAGAAGAAAACGGCGGCGUGGAUGCGCGUUACUUAAAAUCCGUGAAAACGGUCCGAGAUGCAUCUGGAUAUUACCAUCACCACAAUAUGUCGCCGCUGGAGAACCCGGCGCAGUGGCGGCUGGCAGCGUCGCGGGAGAAGGGUCGGCGGCAAGCGGUUCGGGGGCCUGCCUUCAUGUUCAACAACCGUAGCACUAGCCUGACAGCCGAAGAGGAGCGCUUCCUGGACGCCGCUGAGUACGGCAACAUCCCCGUAGUGCGGAGGAUGCUGGAUGAGUCGGAGACGCUCAACGUCAACUGUGUGGACUACAUGGGCCAGAGUGCGCUGCAGCUGGCUGUGGGCAACGAGCACCUAGAGGUGACCGAGCUGCUGCUGAAACGGGAUAACCUGGCCCGCAUCGGCGACGCCCUCCUGCUGGCCAUCAGCAAGGGCUACGUCAGGAUCGUAGAGGCCAUCCUCAACCACCCAUCCUUCGCCGCCGGCGACCGGCUCACCCGGAGCCCCCGGGAGCUCCAGGACGACGACUUCUACUCGUACGACGAGGACGGCACGCGCUUCUCACCCGACAUCACGCCCAUCAUCCUGGCAGCCCACUGCCAGAAGUACGAGGUGGUGCACAUGCUGCUGACCAAGGGGGCUCGCAUCGAGCGGCCGCACGACUACUUCUGCAAGUGCGCGGAGUGCGCCGAGAAGCAGCGCAAGGACUCCUUCAGCCACUCUCGUUCCCGUAUCAACGCCUACCGCGGGCUGGCCAGCCCCGCCUACCUCUCUCUAGCCAGCGAGGAUCCCGUCCUCACUGCCCUGGAGCUCAGCAACGAGCUGGCCAAGCUUGCCAACAUCGAAAAGGAGUUCAAAGUUAAAAAGAGCCAAUUAAAAGAGACGGUGCAGAACAAUUGCUCCUCCCUGAACGACUACCGCAAGCUGUCCAUGCAGUGCAAGGACUUCGUGGUGGGGGUGCUGGACCUGUGCCGGGACACGGAGGAGGUGGAGGCCAUCCUGAACGGGGAUGUGAGUGCGGAGCUGGAGGAGGGUCAGACGCACCGAGCUUUGCUGAGCCGCGUCAAGCUGGCCAUCAAGUACGAGGUCAAGAAGUUUGUGGCUCACCCUAACUGCCAGCAGCAGCUGCUUACAAUCUGGUACGAGAACCUAUCCGGCCUCCGGGAACAGGCCAUCGCCGUCAAAUGUCUGGUGGUGCUCCUGGUGGCCUUGGGGUUGCCCCUGCUGGCUGUUGGCUAUUGGUUCGCUCCCUGCAGCCGGCUGGGAAAAAUCCUCCGCAGCCCCUUCAUGAAGUUUGUGGCACACGCUGCUUCAUUCAUCAUCUUUCUGUGCCUGCUCGUCUUCAACGCCUCGGACCGCUUCGAGGGCAUCACCACACUGCCCAACGUCACCGUCACUGACUACCCCACGCAGAUCUUCAGGGUGAAGACCACUCGCUUCACCUGGACAGAGAUUCUCAUCAUGGUGUGGGUCACAGGGAUGAUGUGGUCGGAGUGUAAGGAGCUCUGGAGCGAGGGUCCCCGUGAGUACAUCCUUCAGCUGUGGAACGUUCUGGACUUCGGCAUGCUCUCCAUCUUCAUCGCCGCCUUCACGGCCCGCUUCUUCGCCUUCCUCGAGGCCUCCAAGGCUCAGCAGUACGUGGAUGAGAAGAUCCACGUCACUGACCUUUCCCUGGUCACCCUGCCACCUGACAUCGAAUACUUCACUUACGCCCGGGACAAAUGGCUGCCCUCUGACCCGCAGCUGAUCUCGGAAGGACUGUAUGCCAUCGCAGUGGUCCUGAGCUUCUCCCGGAUCGCCUACAUCCUGCCUGCCAACGAGAGCUUUGGCCCAUUACAGAUCUCCUUGGGACGCACCGUCAAGGACAUCUUCAAGUUCAUGGUCCUCUUCAUCAUGGUCUUCUUGGCGUUCAUGAUUGGCAUGUUUAUCCUCUACUCCUAUUACCUGGGUGCCAAAGUCAACCCCGCCUUUACCACGGUUGAGGAGAGUUUCAAGACGCUCUUCUGGUCUAUAUUUGGCCUGUCGGAGGUGUCCUCGGUGGUGCUGAAAUAUGACCACAAGUUCAUCGAGAACAUUGGCUACGUACUGUAUGGGAUCUAUAACGUGACCAUGGUCGUGGUGCUCCUGAACAUGCUCAUCGCCAUGAUCAACAGCUCAUACCAGGAGAUCGAGGACGACGCAGACGUGGAGUGGAAGUUUGCACGCUCCAAGCUGUGGCUGUCCUACUUCGACAACGGGAAGACGCUCCCCCCGCCGUACAGCAUCGUACCCAGCCCCAAAUCCUUCUUCCACUGCAUCAAGAAGCUUGUCAGCUUGUUUAGGUGCCGCCGGCGGAGGCUCAAAAAAGACAUCGAGCUGGGGGUCGACUCCAAGUCCAGGCUCAACCUGUGCAGUCAGUCGAACAUGCGCAUGACGGAGUCGCACAGCUUCAGCAGCAUCCUGAACCAGCCAACGCGGCAUCAGCAAAUCAUGAAGAGACUCAUCAAACGUUAUGUGCUGAAAGCUCAGGUUGAUAAAGAGAACGACGAAGUAAAUGAAGGCGAGCUGAAGGAGAUCAAGCAAGACAUCUCCAGCCUGCGCUACGAGCUGCUGGAGGAGAAGUCUCAAGCUACAGAGGAGUUGUCGCUGCUCAUACAAAAGCUGGGUGACAAGCUGAGCCUGAACGCCACGCGCUGCGAGUGAGGGACUCCGCGCCCCCCCCCCCCC